GCCCAGACAUCGCUACAUGACAAACUUCUAUGGUGACAAUUUGGCGAGGAGGCAAUACUGAUGCAUAUCAGUUAAGGUUUUAACAGACUUCAGAACUACGCCUGUCGGGCUUCCAAGCAUCACAAAUAGGGUUGCAUGCCAUCAUGCCAGAGUCCUGCCACACAGAGACAGGCAUUCACGUGUGUGACCUCAAGCUUGAAUUUCUGUCCAGCUGCAAUGACGGGCACGAAUGUCCGACCAACUACCUUGGAGUUCCUAGGUUUGGCUGGGAACUUUGGGCAUUUGAACAUGAAGGACCCCUUCGAUGUGAAGAAACGGGGCUCCACUUACUUCACCGAGUUCAGGGCUGGUCUCACUACAUUCUUGGCGAUGGCCUACAUUCUUCCCGUCAACAGUGGCAUGUUGAGCUUAGUGAUUCCAGGCAUGCGCGAGCAGCUGGUUUGUGCUACCGCUUUGGCUGCUUUCUGUGGGUGUUGGUUGAUGGGCACGUUGUCCAACUAUCCCUUCAUGUUAGGGCCUGGCAGCAUGAAUGCCUUUUUCACCUUCACAAUUUGCCUGGGCAGGGGCUUGCCAUACCAGGCGGCCUUUGCAAGUGUCUUCGUAGCUGGAUGCAUGUUCCUCCUUGUGAGUAUCACAGGACUGCGGACACUAAUGAUCCGUUUGUUUCCUAAGGGGAUCAAGGAGACCAUUGGCGCAGGCGUAGGACUGUUCUUGACCUUCAUCGCCUUCCAGGCAUCUGCCGGAAUGGGGUUGUCCACUGCUGAUCCAGCCACCCUGGUGACACUGAACAGCCUCAGCCCCGAAAGCUACGAUGCCCCAAAGCUGUGGCUGAGCCUGGUGGUGCUGGGCCUCACCGCGGCGCUUUUCGCAGCCAAGGUCCCAGGCGCUCCUUUGAUGGGAAUUCUCUUCGGCACAGCGGUGUGUUGGAUCGAAGGCUUCGCACGAGGCAAGGAGCGCUCCGUCUUCGGGUACCCCUUCGGCACCUUGGGGAAGCGCGAUGCCGGUUUCCACAUCUACCUGCCCACCGGCCUCCUUGGUGAUCCGUCUUUGAGUGGUUUGUCAGGGGCACUUUGGAGCGGCUUUGGGGCAGCCACUGAUCCUGUGAUGGCCUCCACCUUCUGGACGGCUGUGGCCACUUUUUGCUACACUGACCUACUGGAUGCCUCAGGCACCUUCUUCGCCGUGGCCAAGGUCGCCCGUCUCACCGACACACGGGGGAACCUUCCACUGGCCCGGCAGAACAUGGCUUAUUUGGCUGAUGGCUUUGCAGCCCUGAUUGGAGCCAUGCUUGGAGUCUCCACGGUGGUCACCUUUGCCGAGUCCACUGUGGGGGUGGCCGAUGGCGCCAAGACGGGGCUGGCACCCCUGGUCACGGGCACGUGCUUCCUGUUGGCCAUCCCCAUCGCUCCAGUGGUCUCGGCGGUACCACCCUUGGCCACAGGACCGAUCUUGUGCUUAUUGGGCGUGUUGAUGUGUCAGUCCUUGCGGAGCAUCGAUUGGGAGGACUUUCAGGAGUCGAUCCCGGCCUUUGUGACCAUGGUCACCAUGCCUUAUACCUUCAGCAUUGGCUAUGGCAUCAUUGCGGGCUUGCUACUGUGGCUUGUGAUUCAGUUCCUGUUGAUCCCCGUGCGCCUCGUAAAGAGAGAGGAUCCUUUGGUGCGCUUCAAGGUCUUGUGGGCCGGAGUCUUUGUUCACGAGGAUGAGGCCUUGGCAGAGAAGCAGGAUCUGAGCAAUUCCGAUACAGAUGAUGCGGAUGUUGGAAGCAUGGGCUCGUUGGCGUAAAGCCGAAAGUUUUCACAUGGUGAUGAACACCGUUGCAUUUGACGUAGCAUCAGUCAGACAGCUUUAAUCAGGCCAAUGAAUUCAAUGCUUGAGACCGAGGCCAACAUGGUUGAAGAUUGUUGAAGAACAUUGAAGCAAUAGAAUCGCUCAACAAAGAAACAUGAGAGAGCACUGAAUAGCUUUUCACUUCCGAGAACCAGCGGUGCACAGGCUUGUGAGUUGUACAGUGGCUGCCGCAGUUGUACAGUCAAUGACCUAAUCGGUUUCUCCCUCAUAGCACCAUGUAACACCUCGAGAGCAUUCCCAGGGGAAAA